AUGCUGCUCCUCCAUCAGAUCGGCAGCGUCAAGAUCGGCGAGGUUGUCCGGUACAUUGUCUCAUACACGCCUGCACACGACCGCAUCCUCCCGGCACCCGAGCAUCUGUAUCUGCGCAUCCGGAACACGUCGAGCAGUGCGCUGCGAGCAGCCUUUGUCCACGGCCCCUACACGCUUUACGUCGAUGCGUGCCCAGCCCACUUCAGCCCGAACGAGAAGUUUGAGAACCCGCGCCACUAUGGUGUGCCCGAAUUUGAGCCCAUGCUCAAGGCCGGCGGCUCGUGGUCGUGCCGUCUGGUCGUGCCCGAGAGCAUCCGCCACGAUGCCGGCAACGGCAGUGGCAGUGGCAGUGACGGCGGCCCGCUGAGCGCGAGCUGGAUCAUCAAUGUCAGCAGCCAGGUCAUCUUCUCGACGUCGGCGGCAGUGAACUACGAGGUCCUGCUAGCCCGGGACGCCAAGUCGCUCGAUGUCGGCGGCGGCCUCACGUCAGGCAUGCCGGUCCUCCUAGGCGGCAGCGGCACCGGCAGCAGCAGCGGCACCGGCCCCGAGGGCCAGGUCCUGCAGCCCGGCCGGGUCGGCGACUACCAGCGCGGCCGCGACGGACGCCACCCAGACCAGCCCAAGGGCGUGUACUCGCGGGCGAUCCGCAUGCAGCUGGAGGACACGGCGGCGUUGUGGAACAAGCCACGACUGCCCGGCUGGGACGGUCCGGCCGGGCUCCGGGUCUCGCAUUCGACAACGACCGAGAUAGCGGUGCCGGUGGCGACAGAGCCGAUCGAGACCAACGAGACCGAGACCGGGACCGGGACCGGGACCAACGACGAGAGCAAGCCCAAGAUCAAAAAGAUCCAUCUUGUGGUGCUGACGCACGGGCUGCACAGCAAUCUCGGCAGCGACAUGCUCUUUCUCAAGGAGAGCAUAGACGAGGCGGUCAAACAGGCCAAGAUUGACCGGAAGGCACGGAGAGCGAAAGAACGGGCAGCUGCCGGCCAAGAUGGAGGACAAGAGGGUGUCGACGACGACGACGAUGACGACGAGGAAGUCAUUGUCCGAGGCUAUUCCGGAAAUGCCACGAGGACGGAGCGAGGGAUUAAGUAUCUUGGCAAGAGGCUUGCGCGAUAUGUCCUGUCCAUGACCUAUCCAGACCAGCCGUUUUAUCCGUACAAGGCGACGGCCGACUCGCCGACGGUUCUGCGGCGGCGGAACACCGGGACCGGGGCCGAGUCGUUGCCGAGAACGUCGACAGACAGACAGUUGGACAGCCAGCGGCUAUCGACGGAUGCGCACCGGGGCUACAAGUUCACGCGGAUCAGCUUUGUGGCGCAUUCGCUCGGUGGCCCUGUGCAGACGUAUGCGGUGGCCUACAUACAGAAGCACUCGCCCCGGUUCUUCGACCUGAUUGAGCCGAUCAACUUUAUCGCGCUGGCGUCGCCGUUCCUGGGACUCAACCACGAGAACCCGCUGUACGUCAAGUUUGCGCUCGACUUUGGUCUGGUCGGGCGAACGGGCCAGGACCUGGGCCUGACGUGGCGGCCGCCGACGCUCGCGCGCAGUGGCUGGGGAGCUCUGGUGGGCAACCUCGGCGACAGCGUGCAGCGGAAGCUGGCAGAUGCGCCGGAACCGGAGUCGAAGCCGCUGCUGCGGAUCUUGCCGACGGGGCCGGCACACACGGCGCUGAGAAAGUUCCGCAAUCGGACGGUGUACUCGAACGUGGUGAACGAUGGGAUCGUGCCGCUGCGCACGAGCUGUCUGCUCUUUCUCGACUGGCAGGGUCUCGGGCGGGUAGAAAAGGCGCGCCGCGAAGCCGGACUGGUGGAGAGCGUGGUGGGCUUCGGGUGGGCGGAGCUGACGGGUGCCAACGUGAACAGUCCGCGAAAGGAAGGAUGGGAUCUGGCGAGCAGCGAGGCAGUCAAGGCGGCGGACGAAGGCGAUCCGACAGCCGAGGCUACACAUGAGGUACCACAGCCUCCGAGAAACGCGAUGCUCGAAGACGACCGACAGAGCCUGCGGGCAACAGCAGCAGCGUACGGCGAGGCGACGUCGACGGCAACAGCAGCAGACGGGGCCGGCUGGCUGUCGACGGCGACGACGAACAACAACCCGUUCAGCAGCUUUCUCCAGUUUCUCCGAGGCGGCGAUCCAACACCGUCGUCACUGCCGUCGCCACGAUCUCUGACACCAGACCCUCAGGCGCAGAACCAGGCUCUGGCCCAGGCCCAGACCCAGGCCCAGCCUCAGCCGGCAGCACACGGCAGCAAACACGACCGAAUCUAUCAGAGAAGUCAGACGCUGCGCGGCGAUGCGUGGGUGUCGCCGACGGCAUCAUCGGCCGCCAGCAUAGCAUCGUCAGGAUCGGGGUCGGGACAGGUGGUACCGGGGAGCAAGUCGCGGGUGACGACAGGCCACGAGCUCAACGAGACGGGUCUGGAAGACGGAGUGCGCAACCUGCUGGUGGCGCCGCCAAAGACGUCCUUUUUCGAGUCGGCGACGGACCUGCUCAAUCCCAAGGUGCCGACGGUGGAGUACCUGGUCGAUCCAGCUCGACGGCCUCGUGCCAUCUUCCACGACCGUGUGUACCGGCCGUCGGACAUUCCGCCGGCGCCGCUGAAGAGCCGGCCGACGGGGUCGCUGAUGGCCAAGCGGCGCGUCUCGUUGCAGCGACAGGCGACUGGGUCGACGUCGACGCUGUCGAGCGGGAUCACGCGGCAGGACUCGGUGCUGUCGUCGCUGCCGGACGACGAAGACCAGGUCGGUCCGGACGAGGUGGUGGACAGCGCGAGCAUGAAGGUGGAGGAGAAGAUUGCGCGGGCGUACCACCGGGGGAUGUCGUGGCGCAAGGUGCUGGUCAAGCUGGAGCCGGAUGCACACAACAACAUGCUGGUGCGGCGGACGUUUGCCAAUGCGUAUGGCUGGCCGGUGAUCAAGCACCUGGUGGAUGCGCACUUUAGCGACGCGGCAACGGCGAGAACGGCCGAUCGGUACGACGACAACAAGGAGCGGACGCUGCCGCUGAGCGAGGGACCGGCUGUCGAUGGGAGCGAGACGCGGGAGAAGGAAGGAGAGGAGGAGAAGGAAGAAAAGAGAAAAGAAGGAAGCGAGGAGGGGAGCGACAUUGCUGCAGUCGAUGACAAGGAUGACGGGGCUACAACACCGAAAGCAAAGGCGGCCUUGCUGGUGAAGACGCCGGCCAACGACGGCAACUGGAGCGAGGGCUGGGAGGAAUCGGAAGAGAGCGAGGGUGAGGAGGAAGUGGACCUGGAGGUGGACAAGGUGGUGGACAAGGAUGUAAAUAAGGCUGAAGGCAAAAGCAAGGAGUAG